AUGACUUCCGCCUUCACAUCCCUUGCCGCCCCGGCACUUGAAGACACCAUGGAGGUCUCUUCGUCACCCGCCGCAGGUGACAUGUUUGACGCCGAUAUCGAGAUUGACUACGAUGAUUAUCCUGGUGCCGCACACCUGACCGAUGACGAGCGCAUGCUCGAAGAUGGCGAUCCCACGCGCCCACCUACUGCGACCGAUGAAAUGAUGGACGAUGAAGACCAUACCACCACUUUGGUGGAAGAAGUAAUGCAAGAUGAUAUCCCAGUUGAUCAAACCGCUCAACCUGAGCCGAAUGAUGAGGAGCUCAUCGACUACGACGAUGAUAGCUACCUGGAUGUAGGCCAGCCCUUCUUUGACGAUACCACGUUGCAGAACACCGAGACAGGCUUCAGUGCCCCUACUGAGGCUGCGCCUGCACCAACCACGUCACACGAAGACGUCACCAAGCAGCAAGAGCUGCUCACAGAGCCACACGCGAACGUCAAGGAGCAAAAUGUGGCUCCCGGCGAGAAUGCCGAGCCCGCGGCGGUCGAGGUACCAGUAACAGAAGAGCAUUCCCACGAUACUGGCGCUGAGUCUAACGCGAAUGUCGAGCCCACUGCAUCAUCGACGGCUCCACAUGAGUCAGGAGAAGCACUUGCAGCUGUUGAUGACGCUGCCAUCGAUGGUAGCCACGAGCUGCUCUAUGAAGGCGAAGCUACCGCGGCUGAGCCAGAGAAAUCUGACGACACUACGACUUCGUUGAAAGCGCUCCCACAAUUACCUGGUACUCUUGAUACGACUGCGCGUGAAGUGCCGGACGGACCACCCACUCCCACUGACACGGGCCUGCAUCCCAUGACUGUCAACUACCGUGACUACUGCAUGCCCAUGUUCAAGUCGAGCAAGCAACCAGACGGACUCCUGAAGAACGAUAAUCUUGCGAGCAUUGGCCUUUCGAACCUCAUGCAAGACUGUAGGAACCGACUCAAAGUCAAAUUAGGUGAGGAAAUUUCAGAAGGCGAUGACAUUGUUCUCGUCUUCGACCGCUUGGGUCUCAUGCUCGUUGAGGGCAACUCAUCUACGUUCAAUACCAGUCUCAACGAGAUCAUCGACGUUUGGCAGCAACUGCAUUUCAACGAUGGCGUGCAAGAUGUUCCUCCCCUUACUGUAACCCUCACGUCGCAGCCGAAGUUCUCCACCUCCGUGGGCAGUCUGCAAAAGGCUGUCAACGAUGGGCAGGGCAUCUCCAACAUUCCUGAACCAUACAUCGCAGAGAAUGAAGAGUAUCAAGACGCCGAUACUGAGGCUGAGCCUACUGAUGAGUACACUGUCGAAGAAGAGCAAAACCUUGCUACUGGCGAAGAGCAUUACGAGGAGCACGAUGGUCACGCCCAUGAAUACACAGAGGAACAGGCACCGUACAGCGAAGGGGCUGGAUUUCAGGAAGGCUACGAGCUCGCAGAAGAAGCCCAUGAGGAGCACCAGGCCUACGAAGAUACAGAGGAAGGUAAUCAAUUCGAGAUCAACUACGAGGACUACAACGAGAACGAGGAAUACCCAGACCCGGAAGAAUUUGGCCAGCAUGAGGAGGCCGAACCUACUGCAGAGGCCGUCGAAGCUCCAAAGGACCAAGCCCAGAGUGAAGUCACCGAGGAGAAGCCUGCUGAGAUCGUCAAGCCGGAUUCUGCUGCAAGCUCAACGACCGUUCGCGGUGACACGGCGAACGAUGCGGCUGGUGAGUAUUAUGAAGAUCUGAUCGACUGGGAUGAUGACGAUGACCUGACGGGUUAUCCUUCAGAGCCGAAUGCGAAUACCGACGACGACGAUUUCUCCGCGCUCCUCACUGAGUACGACGCGGACGCCGGCGAAGCUGAAGCAGGAGAUGCUCAAAACGUGAGCAAAGAGUAUGAGCAUGCACCAGAGUCCACUUCGGAGCCUCAGCCUCCUGCAGGCGAUGGAAAGGAGCAAGCACCAGGUGCUGCGGACUCUGAGGACUUGCUCGGCCUGAACGAUGAGCAGCAGCCUCAAGGCGACGAAGCAGCCAAGGAAUUCAACAACGAGCCCCAGCAAGACAAUCCAGACGAUGGUCUCAUUGAGUACGAAGACGAGGCAUUCGAUGAGGCUGACCUUAUAGAUUACGACGACGAAGACGACGAGCAAUUCCAUACGGCUCUCGACUUGGCCGAUGGUGACAACACCGAGCAUGGACCAGGCCACUCCAAUGCUGCUGAACCGAACAAUCAGCCCCAGGACCGAGUUGUAGACGAGGACGGCAUUGGAUACGACGACGACGAUUUCGCCAUACCAGAGACCACGAAAGGAUCCACCAAUUCUGGCAAGCGGUCCUUCGAAGAGCAUGCUGAUGAGGAUGUGUUGACCUUCGACGACGAGCCAGAGCUGAAGAAGGCACGCUCGGACUAG